GCGUGCGUGUAGCUGCACAGGGAGGACGCCUCCAGACUCCUCGGCACAGUAUUAAUAAAGUUUAUUCUCUUGUCUCCGCGUGCGUGACUCCUCCCCGCGCUGAUUAAAUGCCCGCGCGGAGCUUCAGUCUGCGACAGUUGAAGGCAGCAGAGUCAGAGGAGCAGUAAGGUUGGACUUUCAUCCUCCUAACAGCGAGCACACAGCUGAGGUUUUUGUCUCUCUCGGGCACCGUCUCCAUCCACGAAGACUCAGCUAUGAAGACCAUUCUUGCUGCAUACUCUGGCGUCCUCAAAGGCACGGGCUCCAGCAUCCUCUCCGCCCUGCAGGACCUGUCCGUAACUUUUUGGCCCUGCAGAUCCAAGAUGGAGAAACACCUGCAGGUCAUCUCGGUGCUGCAGUGGGUCAUUAGCUUCUUAGCCAUGGGGGCUGCCUGCACUGUCCUGCUCGUCUACAUGUUCUGCACUGACUGCUGGCUUAUUGCUGCCAUUUACACUGCCUGGCUCAUCAUUGACUGGAACACCCCAAAACAAGGCGGCAGGAGGUCCUCUUGGGUGAGGAGCUGGACAGUGUGGACGUAUUUCCGAGACUACUUCCCAGUCCGGCUAAUUAAAACCCACAACCUGCUGCCCAGCCGGAACUACAUCUUCGGCUACCACCCUCACGGCAUCUUCUGUUUCGGUGCUUUCUGCAACUUUGGGACGGAGGCCACAGGCUUCUCUAAGAAAUUCCCGGGUAUCAAGCCCUCCCUGGCGACCCUGGCAGGAAACUUCCGCUUGCCUGUGCUGCGAGACUACCUCAUGUCUGGGGGUAUCUGUCCAGUAAACAAGAACUCCAUUGACUACCUGCUGUCACGAAAUGGGACGGGAAAUGCUGUGAUCAUCGUUGUCGGAGGAGCGGCGGAGUCUCUGCAGUGUGCACCGGGCAUGAAUUCUGUCACCUUGAAGAACCGAAAAGGCUUUGUGAGGCUGGCGUUACAGAAAGGGUCUGACCUGGUUCCAGUGUAUUCCUUCGGUGAGAACGAUGCCUACAAACAGGUGAUCUUCGAGGAGGGGUCAUACUGGAGAAAUAUCCAAAAGAGGUUACAGAAGUUGUUAGGCUUCGCCCCGUGCCUUUUCCACGGAUGUGGCCUCUUCUUCGGCAACUCCUGGGGCAUUGUGCCUUAUGGCAAUCCCAUCACCACCAUAGUUGGGGAGCCAAUAACCGUGCCAAAAAUUGAGGACCCGACUGAUGAGAUGGUGGAUCUGUACCAUGGAAUGUACAUCAGGUCCCUGCAGUGCCUCUUUGACAAGUACAAGACCCGCUUCGGCCUGAAAGAGAGUGACGUCCUGUGCAUCCAGUGAGAGGACAAGGGGGGCCCUGUCGAAGCUCUGAACUGUGACAGCAUCCUCAGACCCCUCCGCCCCCUUCCCCACCCCAUCCCAGUCCAAUCUUGGUGCCCGAUUUUGGAUUAUCUCUGGACUGCAAACUCUACACCAGCUGAAAGAAACCUUUGCUCUCUGCGUUGUUUCACACACAGGCGUACAGUUGUUCCCUCUCAGGAAAAGGCAGGGUUGAAGAAUAGUCUCCUUGCUGCUGUAAUCAGGUUAAACUGUCUUAGUUGGGUAAAGUUUGACCAAAUCCUGCAUCAAAAUGUGCAUUUCUAUUUCCAUUUUUCAGAAGGCAUCAAGUUUGGGCUGUCUUUUCAGUGCAGAGGGGGUUAAUGUCCACUAGAUGGAGCCGGAAGGUAACAUGCAGGACUUGAAGUGCCAAUGCUUUUUUCGCUGUCUUUUCACUCAUGCAGCCAUGUAAUUCUUCCCUUCAGGAUCCUAUUAUAUGCUAAAUGCACAAACAAUGCAAAUGGAAGAUACCACUUCAUUCUAAUUGAGCCAAAGACCUCCGCUGCCCCAACACGUGCAUGUAUUUCUGCUGUACGAAAGCCCAAAGUGAAGGAAUUCUGCAGGGUGGAUUUAUAUUGUGAACGCACAGUACAUGUGUGCCUGUGAUUGUAUGAUGCCAUAAAGUAUUAAUUGUAUUCUGUAGCGAGGAAUGAGCCUAUUUUUUGCACUCGUCCCUCAAUGAAUAUUUCUGAUGCACUUUUUGUAUUGCUGAUUACCUUCUGAGGUUUUUGUGCCUUUGAUGUGACAAUUUUUUUUCCAAGACGGUCAUCGUGCUGCUUGGCUUGAUUUCCCUUUCUUGUCCUACCGGUGCCCUGGUCUGAAUGGGUGUGUUUUGUCCAUCCAACAAAAACUACUGUGAUGUCUUGUAUUGUCAAGUGAAGGUUUGGUGGGUGAAAAUCCUAAUGUGUGAUUCCAGUGUACAGAGGAUCUAUAUGUAAUGGUGCCAUGGGUGAUAAUUGAAAAGGAAGACUUUAUACCGGCCUUACUACUGGUAUUAUGUUAUGUUUAAGGGUGUCACUGGUACUUUUGUAAAAUAAGAGUAUGUAAGUAUGGAAUAUAUUCUGGGAAUUAUGAAAGUAAGUAACCCUGUUAUGUUGAUGAGCAGUAAAUUAUGAGAUUGUCAUUUGCAGAGCAGUUUUCCUCUGGUUUCACCAUUGUGCCUUCUUAUAAAGAGCAGUGAAAGCCAUGUGCAAUAAAUUUGCAGGAAAAAAAACCCAGUGAGACCUGUCUAUAUGAUGAAUGGCAUCACCUGUCUGCUGAUAUUUAAAUUAAACUUUUGUAUGUUUUCAGAAGGA